CUGUUGCAAGCAAAUUGUAAUUAAAUAUUGUUUAUAUCUCCCUUCCAUAGCAAUAAAUUAUUUUGUGUUUAUUGCAAGAUUGUGAUUGGUACAAACAACUAUGUGCCUCGUGGUCAAAUAUUUUAUUUGUAUUUUCUGAAGGAUUUUAUGCGAUAUGGCGUUAUAUGCAUAUUAUUUGCUUUGCGGAUUUCAACUGUUCUCAUUUGUGAAUGUCAUAAAUUGCCAGUGGGGUUGGCAGUUGCCUUCGCAGUACAGAUGCGUAGAGCGACCAGUACAAGCAAUAUGUAGACUAGCAGCAAACCCGACGUUUCCUCUAUAUCCUGAUAUCACCGGUAUCAUUGUCUUCACACAGAGGAUUUCAUGUUACGGACAUUACGCUCUUCAAGUUAAGAUAACAAUAUCUGGCAUGCCAGCUGACGGGAACUGGACGUACCAUGGUCUACAUAUCCAUCGUUCUGGGGACAUGUCAAAUGGCUGUGAGUCCAUGGGACCGCAUUUUAAUCCAUAUGGGACAGUACAUGGCUCGCAAAAUGACCCAUCAAACCGACGUCAUGUAGGUGACUUUGGUAACGUAGUGAAAGAUCCCUAUGGUAACGUACAAGGAGCAAUAUUUGACAAUUUGGCAAGUUUGGUUGGAAACAACUCCAUUGUUCGUCGCGGGGUAGUUCUGCACGAGGGUCAGGACGACCUUGGCCGUGGCCUCGACAUGGAAAGUUUACGGACAGGGAAUGCUGGGAGGAGAUUGGCCUGCUGUUUCAUAGAGCCUUUGUGAGAUAUGUGUUAUAUGAUACAAACGUAUAGAACAAUAUAAUCACGUUGUUUAUGAUAAUUACACUAUACUACCGACGACGGAGUAAGACACAUCAGUGUAAAUGACAAACAGUGUCACUAAAAUACAAUAUAAAAUAAAAUAUAAGACAGAAAUAUUGCUGCUAUUCAUCACUUCGUGUUAUACAUGUAUAUUGCAAUGUAUAAAGAGUUCACAAAUAAAUAUCUUUGAAA